AUGCUCUCCACCACGCUUCUCGCCCUCUCCUUCCUCCCUGCCACCUUCGCACAUUUCAAGCUCAAAUAUCCCACGUCGCGUGGAUUCGACGAUGACAAGGAAGGCACCUUUCCCUGCGGCGGCUUCGACACUGUUCAAUCAGAGCGCACAAACUUUCCUAUCAGCGGGGGCCCUAUCCAGAUCAACCUUGGUCACCCACAGACCAAUGUAGCCGUUUACAUGGCCAUUGGCGACGACCCAGGAAGCGCAUUCAGUAUCAAGAUGCAGCCCAACACCAUGAUCACUGGACUUGGCGACUUUUGCUUUGGCUCCGUUUCCGUACCUGCUGGCCUCAAUGUAACCGAGGGAACAAAGGCCUCCAUCCAGGUGGUCACAAACAACCACGAAAGCGGUGGUCUUUUCCAGGCAAGUCAUCAAUGCUGCGCCGACGUCACACUUGUGAACACGCCCCUCUCCUCGUCCGACUACAGCAACAACUGCAAGAACGCAUCUACAUCGGUUACCCAAGAAAACAUUUCGGGUAACCCCAACGAGACCUCUUCUGGAGAGACUGGUGGCUCAGCUUCAGGGUCUGGGAGCGCUGCUGCUGCAUCUCCCACAGCCAGCCCGGCUGCUGCAUCGCAAGCAAAGGCUGUCUCGUGGGUUCUUGGCGCUGUUGGACUGGCGGGUAUGGCUCUGUUGUAG